AUGGACGCACAAGAGGAUGAUCAGAUCCCGACAGCAGAUCUUGUAGUUGUAUCCUACGACAGCCUGCGGCGAGGGGAGCAUGCGGAAGUCACUGCCCUCUUCUCGGCUUGUACAGAAAGAGGCUUCUUCUAUCUCGACCUCACCGGCGAAGAUAACUUAGUGGUUGUUGAACAACUCUUCGGUGUCGCCAAGGAGUACUUUUCAAAACCCUUGGAGGAGAAGUUGAAAGAUAUGCAUUCUGAGCAGGAUGUCUUCCAUAUCUGCGGCCGAUACCCAACAGCCGAUACCCAACUCAUUGUCCCCGAGGGCAUCAGACAAAACUGGUCGCUCAUCGCGAAUUUCAUAGAGCAAUCCCACAAGAUAGCCAAGACCGUCCUCAACCGGCUGUCCACGUGCCUCGCGCUCGAGCUUAAGGCCCAAGAUGACAACCGCAUUGAUCUUGCCGCACCGCACGAUCCAAAUCUGGCCUCCACAUCAACCGCAGUCCUACAAUGCUAUCCGACCAAAGAUCUCAAGCCCGAGACGAGCGCAGGCCACUUUGCGCACACCGACGCUGGCAGUGUCUCGGUCCUAUUCAUGUCCCACUGGGGGCUGCAAGUCCACUCCUCCGUCCGCGAUCGUGGAACGGUCCCCGCCCCCCAAUUCAUCCCCCAGCCUCCGGAUCAGCCUACAGCAAGUAGUCCACAGGCAAACAUCCCAUCAAUCACAAUUCAAGGGAUGGAUGAUGUAAAUAACUCUCGCUCUUCCACAAAGAGCAUUCAUUUGUACAAAUUCUCCAUCUUGCCCAACGGGCUCGGGUAUCAUCACCAGAACCUUGCGCGAUUUCUUGCCCAAUUGAUGGAAACAGAGGAGAGUGCUUUUCAACCAUCGAAAUCUCACGACGACUUCGUCACAGCUUUUCGCUUCGUGCAGAGGAACGGUUACGGGACCGAGUCGCGGCUGCCUCGCAACUCUGGCGCUACUGGACCCAACUCUUACGUUAAAUCAUGGCAACUAGAAUCGCCUCCCAAGCACCUUCAGACUUGUGAGGAUCUCCAUCGGCAUCAGCUUGCUUUGAAACAUGAAUCCCCAGGCCAGGUCCUCUUCCUACGGGGUUUCCCGUCUCCCGAAUGGGUAGGCCUCAUAGGCUCCAAGUACCAUGUCGACCCAGAGUUCUUCUCCAGAUACCUCGAUUUCCGGUCUAUGGAAGAUCGGUCCAACAGCGUCUGUGCCCCUCUGCUCCCCUCUCGGGAAUGGAACAUCAUCGAGCUUUCUGUCCCUCGUGUUGGGCUUUGGAGCUCCCUUGGCCCGUAUGGUAGUCUCACUAGCCUAAAGAGCGUCCGGCUUUCAUCUGCCGCUGCUCUGGCAGAAAGACAUCAUCUUAUUGAGAUCGGUUCCGUAGUACCUGUCGGCAGCACCAUGAUUCGAGCCAUUCACAUCCUGGAUAAAUCCCAUUUUGCUGUCGAGCAGAAGAUCUUGAUAUGUCUACAACCUCCGGAUAAAAAGAGAGGAUGGACUGCUCUCGUCUGGACCGACGAAGGCACGAAAGCCGGAGUCGACUUCCUCGAGGGGCCACUAGCCACCAUUCUGCAGCUCUCUCAGCCAUUCAAAGCUUCACUGCUACCAAUAAUCGACUACACACCAAUGAUGGGACUCAAAGCCCACCUCAUAUCCAAACACCUGCCCGAUGACUCCCCCGGCCACUCCCACUCAUCAGCCCUCCCACUAGACUUUGGCUGUUCGAUCCGCAACACGCUAGCGAGCAAAGACCCUUUCUACGCACUCUCUGAGAUCUUCACCCUCGCCGCCUCUGCGGAAAAGGCCUUUCUCGACCGCGUUGAGCUCAAGCUCGAAGCAGCCAUAACACCCGAUCACACCACUCCCAUCUCGCACAACGACCGCCUCGAGAACCUCCGCUACUUACACGUUCUUCUCCAGCGCCGCGGACGGCGCAUACACGCCACGCUGCAGGCGAUACGAAAUACCGGGCAGAUCCAUAGCAAGUGGCCCCAGUCCAACGAGGAGUCGGCGGCUUGCGCCCGUAAGGGGACGGAGCUGGACAUGGAACACCUGCAUGAGCAGGCAGAGCGGCUGUCAAGGCAUUGUCAAAAUGAGAUUGCAGUGCUGAUGAAUAGUAUUGUGAUAUUGGAGUCUGUCAAGGCCAUCAGACAGGCUGAGCGGGUGGAGAAGAUUACAUUCUUGGCCUUCCUGUUUGUGCCCAUGUCUCUCGUCUCCUCAUUCUUUAGUAUGAAUGUGCCGGAGCUGCAGAGUGUGCCGCUAUGGUCAUGGUUUGCCACAAGUCUUGUCCUGGUGAUUGGUACAGUGGGUUAUUAUCUGAUUGAGGAUGUGCGAAUGCCUUGGAAGGCAUUGAAAGAGUGGUUGCCGCGGAGGUAA